AUGGCUUGCAUGUGCGAUGCCUCCAGGAUUGGAUCCAUCUCUGGCUUUGCGGUCCUUUUUUUAGGCACUCUUUGUUAUAUGGGGAGGGCGGCCUACCGAGAUUUGUGUCGCUCAAAGUGGCCAGGCGCUGAAGGCCGCGUCUCCCGCAAAAAAUACGAGAGGAAGGAAAAACUUCUCCCAAAAGUUGCUUCGCCUGAGUCCUCAGACGCAUCUGUACCAACAAAAGGAGUUGGGCCCACAGCUGCGGCAGCAUUGAAGUUUCCCGUCACACCCGGCGGUUUGGAUUCGGUGGCCGACUUGAUCAAGACAAGGUUACAUUUGUCCAAUGGAGCUCCGCAACUGGGUGAUGGUGUUCCGGAGGCGGUGCCACCAUCCGGCAGGUAUUUUGGAAAGUAUGAGGAGCGUGGAAAGAUGAAACAUGUCAAGUAUAAUCUGGAAUUUCUGAAAGAUGGAUCGGUGUACGGAGGAUGCGAAGAUGAUGACGGAUCAUUCCAGGUGGUGCACAGGCAACCAUCCAUUUAG